AAUCUGCCGUAGAACCUAAAAGAAGAAGGUAAAGGAGAAGAAGAAGAAGAAGAAGAAGAAAAGGAACGCGCUGCCAGCUGCCAUAAAUGAAGUAAAAGAAGAAGAACAUUCUUGUGACAUGAUAGCGAAACAGUUACGAGCUGGUUGUGGCUUUGAGAGACUGUAAACGGAGAUACAAUUCACGUUGAAGAGUCUUGGGAGUUUUUGUAUUAUGUGGACACAGAAUCCAGGACAUCCAGGUUCAAGUUAAGGAUCGUGGACGACAAUUUUAAGACGCUUAUUAGCGAACAAACCAAACGUUUUCAAGCAUUUGAGACGCACGAAGAAAGAAACCAGUAAACCUUGGGAUCGAGUCAUGUCUCGCCGAAGAAGCCGCAGCGCAUCACCAGGGCGUUAUUCACGCUCCUGCAGCAGUAAUGAUCCUAGAGAUUUGGAGAGAAGGAUUUUUGUUGGGAAUUUGCCGACAUCCGACAUGGAAAAGAAGGAUAUGGAAGACCUGUUCAGCCCAUACGGGAAGAUAGUCGGCGUGUCCAUGUUUCGUGGGUUUGGAUUUGUACAAUUUGAACGCGUUGAGGAAGCCGAAGCUGCAAAGGCGGCCCAACAGGGUCGAAUAUAUAAAGGUUAUAAAAUAGAUGUAAAUAUGGCAGUGGAGCGACGGCAAGCUAAACCUCAAUCCCAGCAGAGCCCUCCACGAAGGGCCCCGUAUAGCAGUUAUGGGGACAGCAAAGAGCCGCGGCCUCGGUCACGUUCACCCGUUUAUGGGCGUGAUGGACGUGAGCCUCGGGAAGGCCGUGAUGGACGUGAGCCUCGGGACGGUCGUGAUGGGAGGGACCCAGGUAGAGAGCAGAGACCGGGUGGCCACUCUCGUGACAAUGAUUACCGGUACCGUGGCUCAGAGAGCAGAGACAAGGACCUCAGAAGUGACCCGCGGGAACCUGCAUUCAGCAGAGGUGAUUAUGACCGAUACUACCGCAGUGGCAGUGGUGCUGAAGACUAUUACCGGAGGAAGGAUGAACCCUUCAGGGACCCUUACAGAGAUCCCUGGAAUGGGCGCCGUGAGCCAGAGGUUCCCUUCAACGCCUCAUCAACUGUAGAUGAUCGUGCUCGACCAGAAGAGCGUCGGCGUAAUGAAUUGUAUCGACAGUACUAUGAAGAACUCCAGCGGCGCUACGACACUGACCGUCCUGUUGACUGCUCUGUGAUUGUCGUCAACAAGGCGCAAAAGGAGUAUGCUGAGACGGUCGGGCGGAAAGUCCGUGAUUUGGGCAUGGUGGUGGAUCUGAUCUUCCUCAACACAGAAGUGUCACUAACCCAGGCACUGGAGGAUGUAGGCCGAGCCCGCACUCCCUUUGCCAUCAUCAUUACCCAGCAGCAUCAAGUCCACCGUUCCUGCACUGUCAACAUCUUGUUUGGCACACCGCAAGAGCAUCGAAACAUGCCAAUGCAGGAUGCCAUGAUGCUGGUUGCCCACAACUAUGACACCUACAAAGUUGAAAACCGUGAAAAAGAACGUGAGGAGAUUGCCAGAAAGGCUGCUAAGAUGGCAGAUGAUGUGUUACUCAGGGAGCCUGACAGAGAGAGCCACCCCAUUUCUGUGCUCACUGCCAUCACACUGCUGUCUGAAAACAGAUUUGUAACCCCAGAGGAACUGGAUAGUCUCCUUGCGUACCUGAAGGACAAAAGAGCCCGGCUGCUACGAAGCGCUGCAGAACCUCUUGCAGCUGCAGUCCAUGUUGCAACUCCUGCAGCAGCACACCAUGACGGUCCGCCCGCAGCUGCAGGACUGCCUCCUCCAUCCCAUACUACUCACACCCCCCCACAGACCAGCCACCUCGGCCUAUCUACUGGUUCAACCGUCUCCGCUAACCCCAGCCAUCAGCAGGAGCUACAGGCUAAAAUCCUCAGCCUGUUCAACAGUGGCACUGGGGCGUCAGCAGGAGCUGGAGGCCUGCCCGCCACCUCCCAGCCGCAGUCCUACAGCUCCCUUGGCCUAUCCCCAUCCCAGAACCCGCCCCGCCCAGCGGUGCCUGGCCCUACUCCAUCUGGAUCCCAGGGUUAUGGUGCCCCACUGGGCCGCAUGCCAGGUGCACCAGGUGGUCAAAGACCCCCCAGCUCUACUUCAGGUAUCAAUUUUGACAACCCGAGUGUACAGAAAGCUCUGGACACGCUCAUUCAGAGCGGACCGGCUCUCAACCACCUGGUGGGCCCUGGUGCGCCUCAGCAGCCACCCCCCAGACAGGCACCAGGCAUGAGCCAGGUCCCGCCUAUGUCCAUGUAUCCCCGACAUUACUAAUGGAUUGUAGUGAAUUAAUUACUUCUCCUAAUGUGAGGUCCACCUCUCCUUCUGACACAAGUAGACGCCACAUCAAUUCUCUGUGCGGUGAAUUUACCAGCUGUGUGUAGGUAGACUGUAGGGAUGUUUUUGUAAAAGCUUUUAAUUUUAUUUUAUUCUGGGUAUUGUGCUCCAUUUGUUCAAUUUGACAACUUGUCCAGACUACCUAAUGGUCUGUAUUUUUUCAAUUAUUAGCCAGAAGAUGAUUGUCCUUCUUCUAAUAUGUGAGUUCAACUAUGAAGUGUGUUAAGAACAGUGUAUUUUGGUUUAUGAUGGACUCCUUAGUUCUUUUCCAACCAUGAUCUGUUUGUGUGUGUGUGUGUGUGUGUGUGUUUUGUUUUGUAUUUUAUUUUAUUUUUAAUUUGUAACGUUUUCAUUGUCAAAACAAGACAUGAUUUAAAAACUCAAGACACAAUUGCUGUAAUAAAAUGGUAUUGGUUUAUUGCA